CACACCCUCACCUGUGUGGUGUGUCCGCUCUGCACCUUGUGUCCUCAAAUGGCAUUUUUUUAGAGUUUAGGAUACAUUUUUGUCAGAGCAAAUCCAAGGAUAUUAGCCUCAUCCCUGGAGAAUGGUCCAAGAGAAACACUGAAGCCUUUUUCUUCCUCCCAUAAUCUGUGAGUGAGGCGAACGGAGGAGAAGACAACAAUGAGAGACACAGGAGAAGGAGGAGGAGGUGGCGACCACAUUUCUAAAUCUGAAAAGGACCAGACUUGGAUCCCCAAAAUCAUCAAGAAAAGAGUGUGCACCACCUUUGUAGAAGACUCUUUCAGCAAUGGUGCUCUGUGUCAGUGUGGGGGUGCUAGAGACGAACAUGCCUCCGUGGCUUUGGGUGACUACUUCAGCACAGCGAUUGUCAACCACUGGGACAGCGCCCAGCACUCCUCCGAAUACCCGACUGAUGCCUUCGGAGAGUUAAAGUUUGCAGGAGCCAGCAAGAGGCACAGCUCUUACCUGCGUCUGUCAUGGGACACACCCCCAUCUAUCGUCUACACCUUGAUGACGGCCCACUGGGGUCUCCCCUCACCCAACCUGGUGGUUUCUGUGGUGGGUGGAGAAGGCAGGACAAAGGUGAAGACUUGGGUACGCGAGGUGCUCAGGCAGGGACUGGUGAAAGCCUCUCAAAGUACAGGUGCGUGGAUAAUGACAGCCGGCCUGCGUGAAGGUGUUGGCAGGUGUGUAGGAGAAGCGGUGAGGGAUCAUGCCACUGCAGCCUCGUCCAUGUCUCUCAACAAGGUGGUGGCUCUGGGCAUCGCUCCCUGGGGCCUUGUGCACAACAGACAGCAGUUGGUCAACCCUCAGGGGAGCUUUCCUGCUAAAUACUACGUCCAGAACACGUCCCGGGACUCCUGUUGCCUUGACAACAACUACCAGGCGUUUCUGCUGGUUGACGAUGGGAGUGAAGGCCGAAGAGGAGGAGAGACGGGUUUCAGGGCCAAACUGGAAGACUUCAUCUCCCAUCAGCGAACAGGCAUCUGGGGCAGUGGCAGCAUUGACAUUCCAGUCAUCUGUAUGCUGGUAUCAGGGGACACAAGCCUGCUGGAGAGAGUGGACCUGUCUCUGAAGACCUCCAUGCCGUGGCUGGUGCUGGCCGGAUCAGGAGGCCUCGCUGACUUCUUGAGCGAUGUCUUGGAGAAUCUGUCAUCGGCCCCGGCGGCGGUGCAGUCCUCUGGUGAAGCAGACAGCGAGGCGGGUCCCAGCGUGGAUCUGAAGGACAGACUGGCAGAGCGGUUUAAGAAGCACUUCCCUACUGAAGCGGAGCCAGACAAACUGGUGGAACGGGCUCUGAGCAUCUACCAGAACAGAGACUUGAUCACAAUCUACCAUGGAGAGCAGGAGGGCCCAAAUGACUUUGAUACAGUCCUGCUAAAAGCUUUGGUGGGAGCUAGCAAACAUCGUGCGUCCGUUGAUGACAGCCCUUACAGUGAAGAGCUGAAGCUUGCAGUCACGUGGAACAGGGUGGACAUCGCCAAGAGUGAACUCUUCAACGGAGACAUCCAGUGGAGGUAUGAAGACUUGGAGGACUCCAUGACAGACGCCCUGGUUAACGACAAGCCUCAAUUUGUGCGCCUCUUCACGGAGAACGGCCUCAACAUCCUGGACUAUCUGACAUACGGUAGACUGGAGAGCCUGUAUUACUCUGUGGCUGACAGCACGUUGCUUUACCAGCUUCUACAGCGCCGCUUAGUGGAGAGACUAGGUACUGCAGCUCAUGUGACAUCAUCAAACCUGCCGGAGUCUUCCUCCAAAGUGGCCGCAGAGAACAUUCAUAGCGGCCCUUCAACGGAGAUCAGCCUUUUUGAGGUUGAGGGGGUUCUGGAGCUGUUAAUGGGGGAUGUCUGCCAGCCGUUUUACUACAGUGCUUUGGGAUUAGGACAGAUCUCACAUAGGAGAAGAGCUCUGAGGCGUGUCGGUAAGCUGCUGCGUGGAGACUGUAUGUACAGAGAAAAGCGCUGCCUCUUCCCCUGGGCUUCACUCUUCAUCUGGGCCGUCCUUCAAAACCGCAGCGAGAUGGCCAUGUUCUUCUGGGAGAUGGCAGGCGAGUCGGUGCUGAGCGCGCUGAGUGGCUGUAAGAUGCUGAGGGAACUGUCCAAGCUGGAGGUCCAGACUGAAACCGAGCUGUCCAUGAAAGAGCUCGCUCAGAAGUUUGAGAACCUGGCACACGAUGUCUUCAGCUCUUGUUACCGGAGCAACGAGAGUCGCUCUUUCACCCUGCUUAUCAGGAAAUCUCCCGUUUGGGGCGGCACUACCUGCCUCCAGAUGGGCAUGGGCGCCGACGCAAGACUUUUCUUCAGCCAUGAUGGAGUACAGUCUCUGCUGUCUCAGAUCUGGUGGGGCGACAUGAAGAGAAACACAGAGGUGUGGAAGCUAAUGCUCACAUUCUUCUGCCCAGUCCUCUGCUACACCAACCUCAUCUCCUACAGGGAACAAGAAGAUAAUCAGCAAGAGGAGCAGGGGAAGCCUAAUGAAGACGGACCAGGCAGAGACAGCGACAGCCUCUAUGGGACCACAAUCUUCUCUUUCUCAGACAUCAAACACAUUGAUGCUGAUGUACAAGUACCGCUUUCUCCCAUGACAGCUACAAUCAAAGGCAUGCCCUACUCUCACAGACCGCCAAAGCGUCCAUUCAUCGUGUCAAGAUGGCGUCAGUUCUGGUUCGCACCUGUCACCUCAUUUUUGGGUAACGUCCUGAUGUACUUCCUUUUCCUGCUGCUGUUUGCGUACGUGCUGUUGGUGGACUUUGCGCCCCCGCCGCCUGCAGGCCCGGCCAUCACUGAGUGCGUGCUGUACUUCUGGGUUUUCACCAUCGUGUGCGAGGAGAUCAGGGAGACGUUCUUUCUGGGCACGAAGACUUUGCGUCAGAGGAUUCGAGUGUACAUUCAGGACGUUUGGAACAAGUGUGACCUCAUUGCCGUCACGCUGUUCAUCAUAGGACUUAUCUGCAGGAUGUUCGAUUGGUCGUAUGGAUUUGGCCGAGAUGUCCUGUGUGUGGACUUCAUGGUCUUCACCAUCCGUCUCCUUCACAUCUUUGCCAUUCACAAAGAGCUGGGACCAAAAAUUAUCAUUGUUGGCAAGAUGGUGAAGGAUAUCUUCUUCUUCCUCUUCUUCCUGGGGGUGUGGCAAAUGGCAUACGGUGUAGCCAAUCAGGCCUUGCUCUACUCCUAUGACCCUAAACUUGAUCGCAUCUUUCGCCGGGUUUUCUACAGGCCAUAUUUGCACAUAUUUGGACAAAUUCCUGUGGAACAGAUGGAUGUGGGGAAGGACUGGGACAUGCCAUGCACAGACAACGUGACUCUGAUUAAGAGCGGUUAUGAGCCGUGCAGAACUCUUCACAAUAACUGGCUGGUGGUGAUCCUGCUGGUUGUUUUUCUGCUGGUCACCAACAUCCUGCUCAUCAACCUGCUCAUUGCCAUGUUUAGCAACACCUUCUCUGAAGUGCAGGCUAACAGCGACAUCUACUGGAAGUUCCAGCGCUACAACUUGAUAGUUCAGUAUCACUGCCGGCCUUCGCUUGCUCCUCCCUUUAUCAUCCUCUCUCAUAUAAACCUCUUCAUCAAGAGGAUCAUCAGAAAGGUGCCCUCCAUCAAGAUCCACCAAUUCGUUCUGCAGUUAACGGGAAAAGCUGCUAACAGACUAAUGACGUGGGAAACCAUCCAGAAGGAGGACUUCCUGACUGCCCAGUACACAAUCCAGAAAAGUAGCGACUCUGAGAGGCUCAAACGGAUGUCUGUCAAGGUGGAUGGUGUCAUAAAACAUUUGACUGAGAGCAGAGAUUUUGACCACAGACUGAGAGCUCUGGAAACUGAGAUGGAGUAUUGCUCUAACGCUCUCACCUGGAUUGUGGAUACUUUGGCACAAGGAAGCACAUUCAAACCUCCCCGGCCUCCACCUACAUUAAGAGAUGCUUUCCCCUCUUCUUCCAAUGCUUCCUGAUUCUCCCUGAAGAUGUGUUUACUUGCUCAGGGUUGGCAAGAAUAAACCACACACUGGUAUAACUAUUUUCCAGCCAUGUUCAUCACUGGAAUAACUCACAAAAAAGGUUUAAAUAGCUUUGAACUGAAAGAGAGGGGAUGGAUAUCAACCAUCACUUCCUUUUUACAGUAUUAAAAAUGUUUAAGUGUGUAAUGUUUUAUAUUUGUAGAUGCUAUUAUGUCUUUAAUGCUGUAUUUGCAAUCUGAUGGCUGAAAGUCUCUUUUUACAGUACAGGUGUUAACUGUUACACUGAAACUAUGAUGAUAUUACAGGGACAGAACUGUCAGUGCACAUUGUUUUGUAUUUUGUAACCUCUGGCCAAAUGCUUUCUAUAUAUCAUGUAUUUGUGUUGCUACUUUUUAUUCUGGUCAAUAAAGUUUAAAUAUAGUAAAA